UGAGUGAGUGAGAGGGAGAGAUGUCAGAGGGCCGGAGCAGGAGGGGGCUGUGUUUGUUUUGAAGUGCAGCACUGCUGCGCUUGAGGGAUACAUUCCCGCUUGCUUGAGACAGGACACCCCUCUUCUCGCAUCCCUCCCUACCUCCCUCUCGCUCGCUCUCUGUGAGUGUGUGUGUGAGGUGAGGUGAGUAGGACUGCGUGCUUUUUGAGGCACUGCAGCAGACCAGCUUUGCCAUUGAUUGCAGCUCGGAAAAGAGGCCGCUUCCUCUGGACAGGAGGGGGGUUCAGUGGCGCUUUGGGCGGACAGGAUGCACUCGUCCAUCUCAAGGUGACACUGCGGCAGGGGAGCAGCUGGAGAGAGAGAGAGAGAGAGAGAGAGAGAGAGAGAGAGCAAGCCUGCGACGGAUACUGGAGUCUAUCGAUAGGAAAAGUGAAGAGAAGUUUCACCACUCCUCCUCUCCCUUCCCUGGUCCCUCCAUCCUGCAGCAGAUUGAGCGUGAAGCCGUGGUACCCCUGGAGGAUGUGAGGGCCUAGCGGGCCCCGUCAAACAGGCUCUCUUGCCAGGGAAAGGGGGCUGGAGCCGAGGCCUGGCUGCUGGAGCCCUCCCCUCACAGACAUGGAGAGCUACUACAGCCUUCUGCAGGCUGGCUCUGAGCUGGAAAAUACACUGCAACAGGUUACUGUCCCCAUGAGCAUGAAAGAGGUGGGUGGCUUUAUUGAGAAGCAAGUCGCUUAUUUAUCAGGGGGUCGUGGCGAAGACUCCAGUGUUGUCAUCACACUCCCAGAAUGCUCUGAUUUCAGUGAUAUCCCUGAGGAGGCUCUGGCUAAAGUCCUCACGUACCUUACCUUCAUUCCAAGAGCACGGCAACCUGGAGUUAAAUUUAUCAUCGUAUUAGAUCGAAGAUUGGAUACAUGGGGCUCCAUCAAAACAGCACUUGCACGGAUUGCGGCCUCCUUUCCUGGGAACCUGCACCUCGUUCUGGUCCUGAGACCCACCAGCUUCUUCCAGAGGACGGUGACAGACCUGGGCUUCCGCUUCAGCCAAGAGGACUUCAUGCUCAAAAUGCCUGUGGUGAUGCUCAGCUCGGUCACAGACCUGCUGCGCUACAUCAGUGAGAACCAGCUGACCUCUGAGUUUGGGGGAACCCUGGACUACUGCCACAGUGACUGGAUUGUCCUGCGAACGGCCAUAGAGAGCUUUGCUGUGAUGGUGAAGGACAUUGCCCAGAUGCUGCAGGCGUUUGGCACAGAGCUGGCUGAGACGGAGCUGCCAGAGGAGGGCAACGCCAUUGAGUUCCUGCUGCUGACACACACGGAAAAAUACAGAAGACUCAAAGAUGCAAUCAGGUCAGUGAUGAGGGAGGGCAGACACCUGCUGUCCAGUCUGGAGGCGUUCGGGAAGGAGGAGGGCUCGCUGGUGCACUGGGAUAUCCCUCAGGACUGGGAGACCGUGCAGAGGCUGCUGGCCCAGCUCAGGGACAUGGAGUUGGCCUUUGACGGCUUCUUCGACAAGCACCACCUGAAGCUGCAGCAGUACCUACAGCUGCUGAGAUACGAGGCCAGCUUCCAGGAGACGGAGCGCUCCCUGGAGAAGCUCUCCGCUCAGGAGAAGGCUGUGAGCAGCACAGGAGACACCCUGGCCCAGACAGAGCAGGCCAUCGGAGACCUGGAGAACCUCGAAACCAAAGCACCGGAGGAGAUGGGCAAAGCUCAGCUGCUCAUUCUGCACGGACACCAGCUGGCUGCCAACCACCAUUACGCCAUGGCCCUGAUCAUGCAGCGAUGCAACGAGCUGCGGCAUCGCUGCGACACGCUGGACGGCGCGCUCAGGGCCAAGAGGGACACGCUCACACAGAUUCAGACCCUACUGCAGAGAUUAGAGCAGGCCCAGCGGUGGUGUGAUGAUGGAGCAUAUCUGCUAGCGAAUCAGCAGGUGGAUAGGUUCCAGUCUAAGGAGGGGGCUCAAGCUGCACUCCGAGAUAUCGAGAACUUCCAGGAGGGGGCGCCAGCGCUCCUCACUACUGGCUCAGAUGUUCUCUAUAUGGAAUAUGAGGCUGUGCUAACCCCAGCACUUCAGACCCACAUAGGGAGGACCUUUGAGAAGCACGCGGCCGUGCAGGGGAUGAUUGACAGCCGGCUGGCCUGCCUGAGGAAACUGGCCGACAAGCACGUCCGACCCAUCCAGCUGGUGGCCCCCCGGCCAGAGCACCCGCCCCGCUCCAAAUCACCCAUCUUCUCCCCCAAACACGACUUGAAGUUCACCUUUGACCUCUCCCUGCCUGGGAAGAGGGGAUCCAGGAAAAGCCCCAACUCUCGGAAGAUCGAGGUGAUGCAUGAUUACCACGAGAACCACCGUUGGCUGUCCUACAGUGUUGAUGGGGAGGACAGUCCAGAUGUCCUGAAGCGACACGUGAUGCGGGAGCUCAUCGAAACUGAGAGGGUCUAUGUGGAGGAGCUGCUGUCUGUGCUGCUGGGCUACAGAGCAGAGAUGGACAACCCCUCCCUGUCCAUACUCCUGCCCCCCAGCCUUCGCAACAAGAGGGACAUCCUGUUUGGAAACAUGCCAGACCUCUACAACUUCCACAGCAGGGUUUUCCUGCAGGACCUGGAGAACUGUCUGGAGACUCCUGAGGCAGUGGGAGCCGUCUUCUUGGAGCGGAAAGAGAACUUCCAGGUGUAUGAGCGCUACUGUCAGAACAAGCCCCGGUCAGAGUCGCUAUGGAGACAGUACUCUGACUGUGCCUUCCUUCAGGAGUGCCAAAGAAAACUGGAGCACAAACUGGGGCUGGACUCGUACCUGUUGAAACCGGUCCAGCGCCUUACCAAGUACCAACUCCUGCUCAAGGAACUGCUGAAGUACAGUGUAGGUUCAGACCGGACCUCCGAGCUGCAGGGGGCGCUGGCUGCCAUGCUGGACCUCUUAAAGUCUGUCAACGACUCCAUGCACCAGAUUGCUAUCACAGGCUAUGAGGGGGACCUGGGCUCUCUGGGUCGCUUGCUGAUGCAGGGCUCGUUCAGCGUGUGGAUGAGCCACAAGAAGGGCCCCACGCGCAUGAAGGAGCUGGCCCGCUUCAAACCCAUGCAGCGGCACCUCUUCUUGCACGAGCGAGCCCUGCUCUUCUGCAAGCGCCGCGAGGAGCACGGCGAGGGGGCCGACAAGACGCCCUCCUACAGCUUCAAGCACUAUCUCAAGAUGACUGCAGUCGGCAUCACAGAGAAUGUCAAGGGAGACGUGAAGAAGUUCGAAAUCUGGUACAGCGGCAGGGAAGAAGUCUACCUGGUGCAGGCACCAACAGUAGAAAUUAAAUUUGCCUGGCUGAACGAGAUCCGCGGAAUUCUCACCAACCAGCAGAAGAUUCUCAAAGAUGAGCUGUCCCUCACCCACCCAACCCCCGAACACAUCCAGCUGUCCCCACCCCUGUCUGAGAGCAAGCAGCAGCGGACCUCGGUGAGCUCGGAGGAUACUGAAUCAGGCCGCAGUAGCCCCGACCCGCUCAGCUUGUCCCCACAGCAUCAACGCAACAGACGCAGCUGGCCCGGAGCACCCCACUCAGUGGAUAUCUGUGAGGGCCUGGAGGACUGGAGUGGAGGCCACAGUCCCUAUCCCAUGUCUGAUACUGAAGAGGAGGACAUGGUUCAGCUGACACCAGGCAGAUACAGGAGCAGGGCUGACGGUCCUAGAAAUGGGCCUCAUGACCUCGUCAUCAGAUGUGGGGACAUCAUCCAACUGCAGCGGGAGGACAGUGAGGGCAUUUGGCUUGUGAAGAACUUGAGUCGCCGGCAGGAAGGGCACAUCCAGGCCUCGAGCCUCCAGCACAUCCUGACAGACAGCGGCAGGGGACAUUCCACCCGGCUAGGGGGUAAGAGGAGACCCGAGGAUCCCGAUUGAAAUUUGACUAAUAUUUACACAUCUAGAUAACCGGGAAAUCUGAAAGUGCGCAAGCUUAGCUCUCCGUAGAUGAAAAACACCAGCACUGGCUGCUAUGGACCACUGAUGCUUAGAAAGACUGUGGAGGUCUGUCAGAGAGCAUCCUCUGGUAGGGCUAAUGCCACUGCAGUUUCACAGGGAGGGUGAUGUGACUGGACAUGUGGAGUGCUGUUUCCAGGAAAGUACCAGACACCAGGCAGACUCUCCCAGUGAGGGUCACAUGGGCUCCGCUGGACGAACAGGUAGCUAAAGUACACUGGACUCACCUGACGUGGUGAAGGCCUGCUCUCUAUUGUCGUGAGGGUUUGCUCAAGAACACUAUUGCCCCGGCUAACGGGGUGAGGUAUGGCUGUCGCAGCUGGUUCUACUCAAGAGGCACGAGGCUCAAUAGACCCUCAACUUUACUGUGUCCUCCCAUCACCACCAUCACCCAGACCUCCUUCACUCCUCACUCAGACACUGGCCCCUCGACUCUGGACUCUGGAGUUGAAUAUAGAAUUUAUCAUAUACCUGCACAUAAUGUGUUUUGUUCAUUGUGUGCAGGAAAUGUGUUUUCUUGUGAGCGUGUGAGUGUGUGUGUGUGUAUGUGUGUAUGUAUGUGUUUUGAUGUCAGCGAAUGCGAUUCAGAUGUUUUGUGAAGUUUUUGUUUUAUCUGACUUUUGUAAUUCAAUUGUCUAUUCCAUGUGGAAAUUUUAAUCAGUGGUACUUGUGUUUGUAUGCGUGUUGUGCUGGGUGUCUGUUCUCAGUGUUUGCAGAGGGUAAACACCCAAAAGCUGACAGAGAGCUCUAUGCCAAAUCAUGCUGUGCCAUAAUGCCUUUUUAUUCCUUGUACUUGGGCCUCUCUCUCUCACUUUGCUAGCUAAAUGUAGAAUUUGCUUUGCAGCAAAACUCUCGCGCAAUAAUCUAUGUUUGACCUCAGACAUUACUCUAAAGGCACUUUAAAGGCUGUAAAAGAGAUACUGGAAACCAAAAGCUUUAUUAUAUAUUUUUUUCGGGC